GCUUUGCAAGCAGCGACACCAGCAGGGCAACCAACUAAACCCCCAGAAGCCAUACAUUACAACAUGGUACCAGAACCACGAGCAUUCUACCGUCUCUGGCAGGAAGAGCGCGUCCUCGAAGGCAUAUAUGUAGUUUUGUCCAAACAAGACGUAUGCUCUCUCAGGCUCACGAACUCGGCCUGCUGCAAUCUUGUUACCAAGCGCAUCUUCCGUCGAACCCACCUGACGUUUACGGCCACCUCUUUUACCAAGGCAUCGAGAAUUAAGGCCUUGUCGAGGAUCGGACACCACAUCCAGCACCUGAUUUUUACUUUUGCACACUCUGAAAGUACCUUCCUGCCCCCUCUGGUACACCCAAUUACGGGCCAUGAAAUCAGCUUUCUCUACACGCCCUACACCCAUAUGGCCUCUUCCCUCAGCAGGGUAAAAAAUGGCAACUCGGACCUCGCCGAUGUGCUUACUCAACAGUACCCUCCACUGUUCCACUCUGCGACCAACGUGCCAUCCUUUAUCAACGCCUUUAAGAACCUGCCUAACGUGCGCCAUCUAACCAUUCGCUGCCCUGGUCAGGAAGCCAGAGAGCGCUACAGGCGAAGUAUUGUGGACUAUGCACUUAUCAGUCUUCGUAUUUGUAUGGAGCGUGCACCCCUGGAUAAGUUGAGCAAGCUCACGCUCUCAUCGGUCCACCCUUCAGCUUUUUUAUACCUCAGACACGCACCUGGCUUUGGAUGUCUCCCUUCGGCCAGCCGCAGAUGGCGCCAAAUUCAGAAGCUUUACGUGCAGGUGGACUCAUGGGACUUUUACGGUCCAUCACCCGGCCUCGACCACCUAAAGAUCAUCGAGGACUACAUCCGCCUUUUCGCCCCGAACCUUUCAAAGUUCUCCUUUACAUGGCUCGGCAGCGGAGGACCAUGCCCAAUUGCACUAUCAGACGACCCCAUGGUUUCACCCCCGCCCGGCUUCCAGAAGCUUUCCAAUGAGUCCGCAUUUCCCAUAAGCCCGCUACUUCCGUGCCAUGGACGGAAGCCAAUUACCUUUCCUAGGCUUAGACAGCUGUCAAUUCGCAAUGCAACCAUGAGUGCGACCCAGACGUCGAUCCUGUUUCGAACUCAUCAGAGCUCCGUCCGCGAUUUUGAUUUUGAGAAACACGAGAGAGACCAUUACAAGGCAACUGAUCUCAGCCAUCGUCGUACUAGCUCUCCACCGCACGCCGAGAAACAAAACCAAAGAAAAUCCAAACGAGAAAAUCAUCUUGGUGAGCCCUCACCGGUAAAGCGCAAUCUGGAGCAGGAGGAGGCGCACCGGCGUCUGGCUGAGGACCCCAAUGCACUAAAGUCGGAGUUGCAAAAGGCAAAGGCGAUGUUGAAGUCCAGGCUCAUGCGUGAGUCCUGUACCGGUCUCCCGCAGUCCCCGGCUGUGCUGUGCGCCAGGGAUGCGAUGCGCAUGAGUGCUGGUACAAGGCCUUGA